GACGUCACACACACAAAGCCAUCUAUGGUAGUGCUUUCUCAUUUCAAUCAGCCUAUAGUCAGCAGAGCGGCGGCACUAUACCACCACAAAGUGACAAAAAUGAAUGUGGAACAUGAAGUUACACUGCUCGUUGAUGAGAUUCGUCGCCUGGGCAGUACAAACGCAGAUGGGAAGAUCAGUGUCAAAUUUGGAGUCUUGUUUAAUGAUGACCAAUGCGCCAACCUCUUUGAAGCUCUGGUCGGAACGCUGAAAGCGGCCAAGCGAAAGAAGAUCAUCACAUUCGAAGGGGAGCUCUUACUGCAAGGAGUUCAUGACAAUGUUGAUGUCAUAUUACUGCAGGACUGAAUCUAAACCCAAGUAAAAAGUACAAAUGUGUUUUUGACAUGUCAUUGCUACAUUUUGAUAUGGAAAUAUACUUGAGAAUGUAACAUUUUUGUAUACUGGAUUGGAAUAUUUUUAUACAGCAACUUUUUUUCUCUCAGGGGAGUGAUCUGCACAAAGUUUUUUUUGAAAAGUAGCAAUCUUCCCUGUUCAGUCAGCUCAACAGCUAACAGUUAUAUGUGCAUGAUCAUGUUACUGGUUUUUUUGGGAUUGAAUGAAUUCAUCAAAUAUUGUUUUCAACCUAAUGGAAAUGAAUAUCCACACAGGUUAAUAUCAGUUUUACAGAAUAUACCUCUGAUGUACCAUUCUGACUGUAUUGAUUGUAGACUGCAUAAUUGCUGUCUUUUACUGUAAUCAUGAGGUUGUUUGUUUGCAGUACCAUUACUGUGAAAUUAUUCAUUUCAGGCAUGGUCAAUCUAGUUAUAUGUGCUGUAACAUCUCAAAGGCUGAUAAACAUAAAUAGUAAGUAACAUUUAUCUGCUGUAUGAUACUCUGGAAUUAAAUGUGCAAAAAACACCUAAGUUCAACAAAUCAUCCGAACUGUUCCAGUGUGAUAUUCUGUUUUAUAAAGCUCUUGCAAAAACA